GCUUGAUCAAACUGCGCGCUGAUGACAUUAUGAGAGAAUGGCUCUGUGUGCCGAUGAUGAUGAUGAUGAUGAUAAGCGCGUGAUCGCAUCUGUGUCGGACUUUAUCAAGGGUCAGCGGAAGCGAGCGCGUGCGUCUCGUCUACCUUUGAUCUCGGUGUGCAGCUCCAGCGCGAGCGAAUGAACGGGAUGAUUUGAGGCUGAUGCGGGUUUGUGCGCAUGUUAAUCCAGGUCAGAGCCGUUAUAAUAGAAGCUCUUUUGUUGCGGCUCUCUGGCCCGGAUCGGUUUCAUCUAAUUGUGGGUCUCUCUGUAAUUGAGCACACCGUCAAAUUCGGUUCGUUCUCGCAAAACUUUUCUUCAAGUGCUUCGACAAGGAGAGAUUGUGUCUGAUUUCACCCGCGUUUCGCAAUCCGGCUUUAUUUCCGCACGCAGAUUCCGUGUUGACCACAUUCUUCUGAUUGUACAUCCGAUGCAGGCCGUCAUACGAGUCCGCGGUCAACAAAGGGGGGCGUCCAUAAAGAGCCUUUGACCAGUGAAACCCGAGAUCCUAAAAGCUUCUCUUGAGUCAUAGAGGCCGAGGAAAAGUUCACUGGAGCUUCACAUCUGACGGAGAGAUGACUAGACUGCCAGAGCGAGCGGAGACGCGGUGAGGAGCGCGCGCGUCUGGACGAACCAACUCACGGACGUUUUGUGAAGUUUUGUGCGGCUCUUGGCGCGUGCGCGUUCUUGGCAUCGCUUGGCUCACAGAUGAAUGAAACUCAAUCCGCGUUAAUCUGCUGCUCUUUCUAGGAGGUAUAUAGCGGCGCUGCGCGCGCCAUGGACGCGCAUUGAGCAUGUCCGCCGCUCGGCGAGCUUCCGACAGCGUUCCGACAGCGUUCAUCCGGCACCAUGGUGGAGCACAGCGGCCUGGACAUCAUGUGUCUGAACAAGUACGGCCCCAGUUCCUCCUCGUCGUCGUCCUCGGACGCAGAAAAGAAACUUUUCUCCAAGCUCAAGGUGAGUUUGACCAAGCGGUACCCGCAGAAGAACGCGGAGACGCUGAGCGCGCAGUACGGAACCAACCUGCUGCUGAUCGGCGUGUCCGUGAUGCUCGCGCUCGCGCAGCACGGGCCGGCGGUGAAGGAGGAGCACCUGCUGACCUUCAUCACGGUGCUGAUGCUCGUGCAGCUCGUGUGGAUGCUCUGCUACAUGAUCCGGAGGGAGCGCGAGCGCAGCCCGCUGCCGGAGAGAGACGCGCACGCGGGCACCAGCUGGAUCCGAGGGGGGCUGACGAUGCUGGCGUUACUGUCGCUCAUCAUGGACGCGUUCCGCAUCGGCUAUUUCGUCGGCUAUCAUUCCUGCAUCUCCGCCGUGCUCGGAGUCUAUCCCAUCAUCCACGCGCUGCACACCAUCUCUCAGGUGCAUUUCCUCUGGUUCCACAUCAAAGACGUCAUCAAGAAAUAUGAAACCUUCGAAAGGUUCGGAGUGAUUCAUGCCGUCUUCACGAACCUGCUGCUCUGGUGUAAUGGAGUGAUGUCGGAGGCCGAACAUUUCCUCAACAACCACCGGAGACGCUUGAUCGCACUGGGAUACGCCAAUUUCUCAACAGUGGAAGUGGAGCCUCACUGUAACUGCACCACCAGCGUCUGCUCCAUGUUCUCCACCAGCCUCUACUAUCUGUACCCCUUCAACAUCGAGUACCACAUCUUCGUCUCGGCCAUGCUGUUCGUCAUGUGGAAGAACAUCGGCCGCACGCUGGACCGCCACAGCAACCGCAAGCGCCCCAGCACACGCAGUCCGGGUCUGCUGCUCGGGCCGCUGCUGGGUCUGCUGGCGCUGGCCAGCUCCGUCACGGUCCUGGUGGUCUACCUCAUCCACGUGGAGAAGUCGGAGCAGACGCGCGAGGCCGCCAUCUCCAUGUUCUACUGCUACGGCGUGGUGAUGCUGGCCUGCAUGUGCGGCGCGAGCGGCGCCGGCCUGCUGGUGUACCGGGUGGAGGACUGGCCCAUGGACACGGGUCAGAACCCGUCGCGCACGCUGGACACGGAGCUGCUGCUGGGCUCGUCGCUGGGCUCGUGGCUGAUGUCCUGGUGCAGCGUGGUGGCGGCGGCGGCCGCGGCGGGACGGAGCUCUCCCAGCUUCCGCUGGACCUGCCUGGCGUACUCGCUGCUGCUGGUGCUGGAGAAGUGCGUGCAGAACCUGUUCAUCGUGGAGUCGCUGUACCGCAGGCGCAGGGAGGACGAGGCCGCGGCGCCCGAGAUCUUCUCCGUGACGGCGCCGUACGACGGCAUCGUCAACCGUGCCUACGAGACGCAGGACAAGCGCUGCGCUCCUCUGGACGCGGAGCAGAGCGAGAACAGACAGGGCUUCGGCCGGAAACACGCCGACGGUCCGCUUCCCGCGGGAAACCGGCUCAACGUGACGGCCGGGAGGAAGAGGCAGAUCCUGAAGAACAUCACCAUCUUCCUCUUCAUGUGCAACGUCUCGUUGUGGAUUCUCCCGGCCUUCGGCUGCCGUCCGCAGUAUGACAACGCUCUGGAGCAGGAGACGUUCGGCUUCAGCGUUUGGACCACGGUGCUGAACGUCGCCAUUCCCAUGAACCUCUUCUACCGCAUGCACUCGGUGGCGUCGCUCUUCGAAGUCUUCAGGAAGGUUUGAGCGUGCGUCGAGGAUGAAUCACGUGACCGAAACACAGUACGGACUUCAUCUGGUGCUCAAAUACUCUACAGACCGUCAUUCUCCAUCCGUAAUGAGGGAUCAGUGUGUGAUGAUCAUCUGAUCAAGUUCUCAUGGAUUUGAUUGGCUCUUAAAGACGUUCUCAGGCCUGAAGAUUCUUCACACACUCCUCAAUGUUUACAAACCACGUCUUCAGCUGAACAAGGACGAUGUUCUCCAGCGGGAUUGAAUCCUGAAUGAUUUUAGUACACUGUCCGAUUGGAAAAUCCUUGAAUCUUGCAGGCCAUCGACCUAAAACUAGUGCAUAUUGUACUUCAUCUUUCAAUCUUUUUUUGUAGUUUGUCUCGGUCUGUUAGAGAAAAAGCAGCGUGAAAACACUCUGAGACAUAAAACACACGAAUCAUACCAAAACUGAGACUCUCCGAGAUCUCCAGCGAUUUUCUUCAGAUGGUGUCGUUGUGUCGCUCGUACUGCGGAGCCUCGUGCGGGAAAAAUAUGUAUAUCGUGGGAAGAAAUGAUCAGUUCCCAUGCCGUGUGCGGCUCCGUUCUCUUCAGACGUGUGUUUCUGCAGCUUUAGCACAUUAUGUGACAUAUAGCCCACGUUCUGAAAUAUGUUAUAAAUGUAUCUCGUCUGCAUUUCUGUUGGUUCUCACACCCGUGUGUGUGUGUGUGUGUGUGUGAAGAUCUGCGUGACUGAGAGACCGACGGCUUUUAAACGCUCCUACAGGGAGAGAAAUUAGAUUUCAUCCGUGCAUUUAUGGAUUUAAUGGGACGUUCAGCUGGGAUUCUGCAGUGAAUAUAUUAUUCAUGGUUUUGCAGGAGGAUGAUUGUUUGAUUUGGAGAAUCGGUCUGAAGUCCAGAUGCUCUUCACACACACACACACACACACACACACACACACACACACACACACACACACACACACACACACUUUCUGCUCCAGCGGUUUGUUCUCACACCUGCUCUUGAAUGUGAUUAUGGAAAGUUCUCACGUCAUCCGUUGGAGGAAGUUCUUCAGUCUGAGCAGAAACGAAGUGAAAUCGCUCUCUUUCAGAUGUAGAUGUUUGACUGUCGAUGUUCAGCAGACAGUAAACGACUUUAUCAUCAACCUUUUUUUGUUCUUUUUUAGAAAAACGCAACAAAACACACAAUGAAACGCACAAGUGCAGCACAACGAGAAGAUCUGUGGCACAAACCUUUUCUGUUUGUUUAUGCACUUUCACCACAAAUGAAUAAUGUGUGUUAUCUUCAAAUAAAUAAAUCCUCUUGAUGUAAACAG